UUCAUGAGCUGAGAAUUAGUCAUGUGACAAAACAGAAACUUGAGACUUGACUAUGUGAUCAGGCGAGUUUUACUUCUCAUGUGAGACGAGUAUGUGGGUUCUACACGCCACACAGAGGAAAGCACACAGCCAAACCGUGUAUGGGAUUUCCACAAGGAGCUUAAGAGCUGCGUUCGGGGCAGGAGAGGCUCAGUGACAGAGCCGCACAUGGUCCUUAUUGGGAUUGCCAGGCACAAUGGACAAAUUCACUAAGAUCACGGCUCCAGCUGGUGAGAAGUUCAGGCAGCUUCAAAAGAUGGUGCAUGAGAUAAAGAGCAAUGACGGCGGAUUUAUGCAAAAGAUCAAAAGGUUCCAAAACGAUCAGGUGGCGGGAUUUUGUAAGACUGGGAAGGAUGCAUGGGAUCGAAUAACAAACAAGCCUCCACCAAGUGUUCCAAGAAGAGACUAUGGGCCAGGUCCACAGGAUGAUGAGAAUGACGAUUGGUCAGAUGAAUUUGGAAGUGACUAUGAGAAUCCAGAUGACCAUUCUGAUCAUGGUAAAACAUAUGUGGAUCCUACUGAAGAUCCAGAUGAAAACUAUGAACCUCCACCAAAUGAACCAGAGCCUAGAUUCACCCCAUCCUACAAGUUCACUGACAGAAAUGGAGGCUAUGCCGAGAAAGACAGGAACCGGCAACCACCAAGCACCCCAACUGACCACAUAAAUAGGCCUCCUCGACCAUUACCUAAUCCUUAUCCUAAAGUAACCUUGGGGAAGCUUCCAACACCCAUACAUCAAGGCAACCGUUUGCCUACUGUACCCAAACCUUUACCAAAGCCAGCUAUAGCAACUAGACAUCAGCCACCAUCCCUACUGCCACCAGCAAUGAAGAAGCCAGUGGGCCGCCCACAGCAGCAGCAUGAUGAAGAGGACUAUGUUGUGCCAGGUGAUGAGGAAGAUGAUAAUUAUAUUGAACCUACUGCUAGUCCGGAACCCUCUAUAGCUCCAGACGUGAUCAGAAGCAAUAAACCUGGCCAGCCACCCAUUACCAUGUCUCCAAGUCACCAAGAAGAACAAGGCCCACAGCACAGUAUAGCAACAGGUAACAGGAAUCUGUCCAUUGCUAAUACAGUGAAUGGAGUAAAGGAGAAGGUUUUGGAUCUGCCGGUGAUAGCAGUACUAGGAAUGCUCACCUCUUCUGCUUCCUAUGACGCUGACUUCUGCAGUAGUGAGGAGAAUCUGCUGGUUAAGGAUCCUAAAGAAUCUGAUGCUUCAACAUUGUGGGAUUUGAUUCACCAGCCCCUUUUAGAGAAGUACUACCGCUUCCAAGAAGAAAUUCUCCACCAAAACCGAAAGCCCAAGCCUCCGCUUCUAAAACCAGUCCUUGAUGAUUUUCACUGCAACUCAUAUACUGUGGGGUUGAGUAUAAAAAUUAGUUUAGUUGAAGUGGUGAAAGUGUUUCAUGUAAGAGUGUUAUUUACCACAUUAGCCGUUGAUGAAAACAGAAAGACACCUGGUACGAUUCCAAGAGAUGUGAACAGCAACAUAGAAAGACCUCCAGUUGUUGCAGAACGUCCAAGGAUAAGUAUUGGAUCAGAGCUUCCACCAACGCCACCAUCAAGACUGACUAUAAAAGAAAUUGUUUUCCACAUUCAAUGUAUCCAUCUGAUUGCAGAACCACCUGAGACUGCAAAUCGCUAUGUGGUCAAGCAAAAUCGACACGGCAGUGUUGCGGAGCAGGAUGCUGGGGUGCUUAAUAAAGAAUGGUACUCAUCAUCGUGUGACCGCAAAGCAGCAGAAGAGGCCUUGCUAACUACCUUCAAGGAUGGUUCCUUUCUAGUAAGGAGAAGUACUGGCCAAGACCUGAAACAGCCAUUCACCCUUGUAGUGUUUUACAAGAAAAGAGUAUAUAAUAUUCCAGUGAGAUGCAUUGAGUCAACUCAACAAUAUGCUCUUGGAAGAGAGAAAAGUGGUGAAGAGAAAUUUAACAGUGUUGCAGAAAUUAUCGAAAAUCACCAGCGUACAAGCCUCGUGCUGAUUGACAGCCAGACCAAUACAAAAGACUCAACAAAGUUAAUACAUGCUGUUAAAGUACCAUAAGCUAUUGCUAAAGCCUCACCUGUCAAGUUGCAGAGGAAGUUCUACAAGGUUACUAGACACACCAAGGAUCAAUUUUGAAACUGGAAAACCAUUCUGACAAAACACUUAAAUUAUGUAUAUAUUUUCUUAGGUGAAGACAAUUCCUGAAAGCUUGAUAGGACUCAAAUCCUGUAUAUAUUUUUAUAAUAGUCUUUGAGUGCACAAUAAAGCCAU